AUGUCCUCAUCACUUACGGCGCUCACUUUCGUUGUGACGAAUGUUUACGCGCCGGCGGAUCACUCCCUCACGCCGCUCUUCCUGGAAGAAUUGGAGAGCCUCGGCCCUCCCUUCAAAGAUCUUCCAUGGAUGAUUGUUGGAGAUUUCAACCUCCUCCGCUGCCCCACUGACAAAAACAAUCCCAAUUUCGACCUCUCCCUCGCCAACGCUUUCAACGACUCCAUCCGCUCGCUGGCUCUUUUCGAGCUGCCCCUGCUCGAUCGUUUGUACACUUGGUCGAACAAACGUGAGACGCCCACCCUCGCCCGCCUCGACCGAGCCCUUUUCAAUCAAGCUUGGAAUCUGGCUCUUCCCAACUCCUCCCUCUCCUCCCUCCCCCGUCCCACCUCCGACCAUGUUCCCCUCCUGGUCACUGCCUCCACAAAAAACCCCCGGGCGGCUUGUUUUCGAUUCAAGAACUCUUGGCUGAAAACCCCCUUUUCCUCCCCUCUACUCUUCCUGCCUAGGACAGUCCUCCGGCCCUCGCUGACGCUGCUGGUGAUCUCGCUGCCCGCCUUAAGGCAUAUCUCCUUCACUUUUGUCAUCGAUCUUCUUGACCUGUUUGAAGAGACUCGGCCUCUUUCGGCGGAGGAGCUGGCUUUGCGUGUGUUGUGCAUGGACACUUUGGAGCGGCUGAUCCUGGAGCGCGCUGCCCAUUGGAAGCAGCGCGAGAAAUUUCGUGCCAUUGUGGAGGGAGACGAAAACACCCGGUUCUUCCAUGCCCGUGCGUCGCAGCGGAUGCAUCGCAAUUCCAUCCGCUCGCUUGACGUUGACGGGGCGGUCAUUGUCUCCCACGAGGCAAAAGCGGCUGCUCUCCACUCCUUCUACGGCGAGCUCCUCGGCCGCGCCUCCGACGCGGUCUGGGAAUUUGAUGUCGAUGAACUCUACGCCAACAACCGCGCCGUGGACGGGGACGCCCUUGUUGGGCCCUUUUCGGCCCAAGAAGUGGAGUCUGCCCUGCACUCCCUCGACUGCUCCAGCGCUGCUGGCCCGGACGGGUUUGGGCCGUCCUUCUACCGUGCGACAUGGGCCACAGUCCGUGGCAGCCUGCUACGGCUUUUUGAAAAAUUCCAUUCCCGCGCGGCGGAGCUGGAGCGAAUCAACCGAUCCCACAUUGUGCUGCUGCCGAAGACGGCGGGGUGCCUGUCGCCGGGCUCGUUCAGGCCGCGUCAGAUCGGGCGGCUGAUCGACGUCGACCAAACUGGCUUUCUCGCCUGUCGGAGCAUCUCCGAGACCUUCGUCUACGCGACGGAGCUUGUGCAAACCUGCUUCCGCCGCCGCGCGCCCAGUGUCGUCCUCAAGCUCGACUUCGCCAAAGCUUUCGACUCGGUCAAUUGGGCGAGCCUGCGCAAAGUGAUGCUUGCCCGAGGCUUCCCCAAGCUGUGGUGUGACUGGAUGGACGACCUCUUCGCCUCCUCCCGCUCCGCUAUCCUGCUCAAUGGCAUCCCCGGCAAGUGGAUCAAGCUCAUGCGCGGGCUCCGGCAGGGGGACCCGCUGUCGCCGUACCUGUGUCUGCUCGUGGCCGACGUGCUGCAGCGGCUGGUGCAGCGCGACGGCGCGCUCCAGCACCCCAUCGUCGAUGGCGCUCCAUGCCCCAUCCUCAAAUAUGCGGACGACACGCUCAUCAUCCUGCGUGCGGACGCCGCCGCGAAAAGCACGCUGGUGCCCAUGCACGUUCCUCCCCCGCUGUUGGUCGAGAUCCAAGAUGUGCUCCAAUGUCGUGUGGAGGGCUUCCCGCAGACGUACCUCGGCCUGCCUCUCUUCGCCGAGAAACUGAGGCUCGCGGCUUUCUUGCCGCUCAUUGCAAAGGUUGACAAGUACCUGUCCGGGUGGCGGGCGCUCCUCUUGUCGCCAGGAGGGCGCAUCGUCCUGCUCAACGCUGUGCUGGACGCGCUCCCCACCUUUGCCAUGGGUGCCCUGGAGCUCCCGCCUGGGGUCACUACGGCCCUGGACAGGCUUCGUCGUGCCUUCCUCUGGGCUGCCACAGACCGUGUCACCGGGGCCAAGUGCCUCGUGGCCUGGGAAUGGGUGUGCCGUUCGAAGGAAGAAGGUGGCCUUGGCGUCCGCUCCUUGCCUGCCCAAAAUGCCUGCCUGCUCACCAAGUUGCUCCACCAUCUCCACUGCGCUCCGGAAGAAUCCUGGCCCCGCUGGGUCUGGCGCAGCCUUGAUGGGCUGCCGCUUGAUGACGCUGCCCGCUCCACGUCGCUCUCCGGCACGCACUGGACAUCCCUGCUCCGCCUGCUCCCCCUGUACCGCGCCAUCUCACGCGUGGCUGUCAGGGAUGGCAAACGGACCUCGUUCUGGCGCGACCACUGGCUCCCUCUGGGCACCCUCGAGUCUGCCAUGCCGGAGCUGUUCUCCCACUGUUCGUACCCAUCCGCGACAGUUCGACACGUCUUGGAUGCGGGGCUUGACUCGACUCUGGUUGCGCGUCUCUCGGCGACGGCUGCCAGACAGCGUGAGACGCUCCUCCCCAUCCUGUCGCGCGUGAUGCUUACUGAUGGAGCCGACUCGCGCUCUCUACCGCUCUGCGCCCGUGGAGAGCGUCUGAGCACCUCCUCGCUCUAUCGGCUCUGCACCGACGACGGCGUCCGUGACGAGCACCACCCCUUCGUCUGGUGCAACUCCGCCCCGGCGCGUGUCCGUUUCUUCGCUUGGCUGCUGGUCAGAGGGCGUAUUCAGUGCCGCUCUAAUCUGCUGCGCAAGGGCAUCCUUGACGAGCACGACAGCCUCUGCCCCAUCUAUGAUGGCCCCAUCGAAACACCUGACCACAUCAUGUUUGGGUGUGAGUUCGCCUGCCGUUUUUGGUCUCUGCUGGGCGCCGAUGCUGCCGCUACUCACAAGGUGACGGAGGCGUCUACCUGUCCCCUCCCUCCCUCGGCUCCGGCGGGUUCGGCAACGACACUACGGUUGCUCUGCCUCUGGCACCUUUGGAAGCAUCGCAACGGAGUUGUCUUCAACGGGCUCGCUCCCUCUCUCUCCCUGGUGCGUAAGAACUGCAGAGAGGAUGCCGUGCUCUGGCGUGCUCGUCUUCCCAUGGAGCAGCGCGCCGACGUUGACCUCUGGCUCACCUACUUACUCCCUGUCCUAUUUUUAGCCUAG